GUCCAGAAUAAGGGUACCCGGAGUUGACGAAGUUUUUCAUAUCUCCUGUGUGACGUCAGACAGACUGUGGAUCAGUGAUCGCAGACGUCUCCUACAGUUGGACUCCACCGGACACGUAAUACAGGAACUGAAAAUUGUUACAAGUUAUCCACCAACAGGAGCUCACUCCGUCACAGCGGACGGCGACCUGAUAUUUAUAAAUGGAUAUAAGGUGAAGAAGAUGACGUUAGAUGGAACUAUCACUACACUCUUCGAACAAUCUAGGCGUUUAACUUGUAUCCACUCCUCCCGCAUUGACGGCGACAUACUGGUUGGCUAUAUAUCUGGAGUGGUGAAGUUUGAUUGGACGGGGGUACAACGCAUGAAAUUGAAGUGUGGGACUUGCUAUCCAACAUACAUCACAGAAAACAAGAAUGGAGACAUAUGGGUCUCUGACAUUGAAAGAGAAGCAGUAGUGGUGAUGGAUAAAUCAGGACAACAUCGGUUUUAUUACAGAGGUCAGCACCAGUCUUACUUUGAUCCCCAUGGUAUCUGUACCGAUAUCCUUGGACAAGUACUGGUGUGUGAUGUAUCGAAUUCCAGUGUCCAUCUUCUGGAUCAGGACGGUCAGUUCCUGCGUCUCCUACUGACAGAAGAACAUGGACUACGUCAUCCCACGGCUCUGUGUGUGGACGACAAACACAACCUCUAUGUGGGACAGGAGGACAGUCCCACAAUAAAAGUGUUCAAGUUUCUACAUGAAACAGAUGAUUUAAAAUCAUCUAUUGUCGAGUCGAAAAGAGAAUUAUGAAAUUUACAUUUAAUUAGUGAUCAAUGGAUACAACUGUAAAAUGUUUAAUUUGAUAAUCAUACACUUGAUACAUAAUACGACAUAUGCCUCGUAGAUUAUUCUUUUA